ACAGCGGAACACUGUCGGACUGUAAAGAAGUUGAAAAAGGAGGGAAAACAAAGCUGAAUAAACCCCCAAAAAGCCCUAGCAGAGCACCAUCCUUUUUUCACAGAACUACAAUGGCCAGGGUGCUUCGGAAUCUUUCUUCUUUCAGGCGUUCUCUGCUUACCCAGACACAGGAUCUUAGGAAUGAUGUAGUUGGGGCAUAUACUCAGCUGUGCUACUUUUCUUCUAAAGGUAAAAGGAAAUCAAAGUCAGAUGAGAGUGAUUCAGGUGAUGAGAAUUUGUCAAAGAAAGACUUGGCUCUCAAACUAGCUCUGGAUCAGAUCACUAAAUCAUUUGGCAAGGGAUCCAUCAUGUGGCUGGGUCGUUCUGUCUCCUCUAAACAAGUUCCGGUGCUGUCUACAGGAUCUUUUUCUUUGGAUAUUGCUUUGGGGGUUGGAGGACUUCCAAAGGGACGUGUAAUAGAGAUAUAUGGCCCGGAAGCUUCUGGGAAAACAACACUUGCUUUGCAUAUAAUCGCCGAGGCACAAAAACAAGGAGGUUAUUGCUGCUUUGUGGAUGCUGAGCAUGCUCUAGAUCCAGCAUUGGCUACAGCUAUUGGGGUGAACACUGAAAAUUUACUUAUUUCUCAGCCAGAUUGUGGUGAACAAGCUCUUAGCCUUGUGGAUACUCUAGUCAGGAGUGGCUCAAUUGAUGUUGUUGUUGUAGACAGUCAGGUAGCCGCUCUUGUCCCAAAAGGUGAACUUGAAGGUGAAAUGGGAGAUGCACACAUGGCAAUGCAGGCUAGAUUAAUGAGUCAAGCACUGCGCAAGUUGAGCCAUUCUUUAUCCUUUUCACAGACUACUCUGAUCUUCAUAAAUCAGGUGAGAGCAAAGCUAUCUACUUUUGGAGGGUUUGGAGGACCUCAAGAAGUUACUUGUGGUGGAAACGCAUUAAAGUUUUAUGCUUCUGUGCGUCUAAAUGUCAGGAGAGUUGCGCAGGUCAAGAAGGGGGAAGAGAUAAUAGGAAACCAAGUUGUUGUGAAAAUCGUAAAGAACAAGCUCGCCCCUCCAUUUAGAACUGCAGAGUUUCUGCUUGAGUUUGGCAAAGGAAUAUGUCGUAUAUCUGAGCUUAUAGAGUUAGGACUGAAACACAAAUUCAUUACAAAGACAGGGGGUGCAUUUUACAGCAUGAAUAACCAGAGCUUUCGUGGCAAGGAUGCAAUAAAAACAUAUUUAGCUGACAACAUUAUAGUAAGAGAAGAUCUCCAAAAAAAACUCCGGGAGAAACUUUUUGUUGAUCAAGAAAAGGAGGCUGUAGAUGGGGACGGCCCCAUUGAAGAGGUUAUAUCAUCUGACGCGACUGAUGAUGAAAUUGCAACUGCACUUGAGGCAUAAAAGUUGGCGGCUGAACAGAUUUUCCUCUUAGUGGAGGCCCUCCAGACUCCAAUUUUGUGUCAAAUGUGCAAUUAGCUUGUGGUCAAUGGUUGCGUGCUGUUAGUCAAUUCAUGUUGCGUGUUGCAGCAUUAUUACAAUUGUUUUGAAGUAUCCGAACCACGGUCUUCUAAUUUAGGUUAAACGUAUAUGUAUUCUGUGGCGCGUAGUUGGUCUAAAUUUUGGAUCACGAGGGAUAGGGUAAGGCCAUUUUUCAACUUUGUUGAAUAACUCCAUUGCUACCAUUCAAUUUCUGUCUGUUUCAGACAUAACCUGUCCUGUAUAUAUCAGUGACAACAUUUCUGAGAUUUAUCUCACCGAAUCUUUUCAGUAAUUUUUCAUUUGCAAUUCGCAAUUCGCAAAUUCUGGAUGAUCA